UAAAUCAGUAAUAUAAAAGAAACAGGAGUUUCAGUUUGUAACAGACAGCUGUUUUGAGAAAGAAAAAACCAGAAACGCACUCUUUGGUUCGAAAACCUUAAUCAGACUCUUCUGAUUUUUGAGGAACUGAUAAAAUGGAGGAUGUCGAGAGAUUGACAGCGUUGAAGAUGGCAUAUGCAGAUAUAAUGUUGAACACCACGAAGGAGGCAGCAGCCAGGAUUAUGUCAUCAGAAACUAAGGUAGCUCGGUAUCAGCAUGAGCUGAAGGUUGCAAAAGAGGAAGGGCUGCGAAUGCUACUACGCCUUAAACAAAUGAUGGAUUCUGAGAUAAGGGAAGCAGAAGCAACAUCUUCGAAUCAGCAGAAGAAGAUUGAAGAAGUUGAAGCUCAGCUCCAGGAAGCAGAGGAUAUUGUCAAAGAUCUCAGAGAAGAGUUGAGAGAGGUGCAGGCUGAACUGGAGCGGGUGAAAAACAAAAACAUGCUGUUAGUAGAUGAACCUGAUUAUGCUUGUCCAAGAGAAAUACCAGAUAGAAUAUAUUCUGCUCAAUCCGUUACAUUUGUUGAACCAAAUUUACAGAAUGAAUCCUCUGGAACUUCUGAUGUUAGGAUUCUACAUCCUUACCAGACACACAAGGUUCAGAAGUGCUACAACAAGACACUUAGUAUGAACAAUUCAUGUAUUGGAAGUCCAGAUUUGCCUUCUAUAAUACUGAGAAAGAAAGAAUCUGGAUUGUACCGAAAGGGGUGCACGUAUAGAAUUCGUGCAUGUGAAAGGAAUCUGUUGGAUGGAGAAUCAUAUUGUUCUGGGAAACAUGAUAAAGUGAUGGAUACAAGUGUCAGAGGGCUUGAAGAGGGUAAAGAUACCUUUAUAGAACCAGCUCAUGGGACUAAAAUUUUAAGUGAUCGUGAGACGAAUCUAUUAGCGGGUGUCAAGCUUACCAGAACUGAAUCUUUCGUUUGGAAAAGGAAAAGAGCUAUCAGGCGAAGGAAAUAUUUAACAUCCCCACAUGGGGAUCAAUCUGAUGUGCAACUGAAACCUAUUCAGGUAAUUGAUGCUAAUUCAGGUGAGAAUCUUUCCAAGAUGGCUCCAAGAUGGUUCCUGCAUAAACCUCAACCAGGAAUUCAGACAAGAUGCGCAGAAUCUUCUGAAAAGGAAGCAGUUAUUGUGGAAUGCUGUGAUGCUGAAGAGCGAAUGUGCCAGGAUGAAGCAUUGAUUGAAAAUUUGCUGCUUUUGAGACAGGAAACUGAACCUGCAGAGAGUUCAAGGACCCCAUGCGAUAAACUGGAUGCUGAAAAUUUGCUAGCGAACGAUUUGGUGUCAAACUCUUCUGAUAUUACUAGUGGGUAUCCUGAUCAAGCUAGAAGGGAAAGAGUUAUUAAGUACACAUUUCAGAGGAAGCGGAAGAGACAGAAUUCAAGUGGAGCUGAUGUGAAUUUGUCUCUUGAAACUGAUAAUUUGGAAAGACAAUCAGGGAAUAAUCAAAAUGGUAAUCAGGACCUAGAUCUGCAGAAGCCAAGCUUGGAAACCGAAUCAUUUGAAGACGAUCUGCCAUUAGCACUAGUUGCUCGUCAGCUUUUAUCUCUGUCUAAGAAGUGGUAGCUGUAAAUGCCUGAAUUUCAUCCUUCCAUGAAGAAUGCUGGAAAGGCGAAUGAUAAAAUUUUCAGGGAUCUGGUCGUGAAGAUGCAGACCAUCCAUGAAGCUGACCAUUUAUAUUUAAGAGAGUUGGAAUUCUAAUCGCAUAAAGUGUUACCAUUGCCUGUAGUUUCCAGUGUCUCAAUUCUAGUACCUUAAAAUGUUGCCAACUUUAGAUGUCUUUUGCCAGAGAGUUUCGAUUUUUUGUUGACGAGAUAUUUUCCAUUUUACAAAGUGGUAUGUAAAUUAUUGCUAUCGUCUUUCUCCUGUCGUUGCAUUUCUGAUGAAUCAUCUAUAAAAAUAUUGUGGAACUUGAAUUA